GGAGGGCGCACGCCGGGGCUGCUCGCUCGCUGGCUCCCUCCCUCUCUACCAGUGGGUUCAGUCAGACCGUCAGUCAGCAGCCGGCGGGCUCUCGAGCUGGGGAGGGCCCGAGCCUCGGACUCCGGUGCCACCUCCUGCCAUUGUUCGUCCUGCUGUAGCAGCGACAGGCGCGGGAACCCGGGCCUGGGAGCUACCGCAAAAUCAUGACAACAGAGAAGAGUUUAGUCGUUGAGGCUGAGAAUUCUCAGCACCAGCAACAGAAGGAGGAAAGUGAAGGAGCCGCAAACUCAGGCCACCAAGAAACUCAGCUGGAAGAGGCUUCCCAGGCAGCGGCUGAGGGAGAUAAUCAGUGUGAGCAGAAGCUGAAAACCUCCAAUGGUGAUACUCCUACCCAUGAAGACCUGACCAGGAACAAGGAGCGGACGUCAGAGGGCAGGGGCCUGUCUCGAUUGCUCUCCUCAUUUCUCAAAAGGCCCAAAUCUCAGGUCUCUGAGGAAGAAGGCAAAGAGGUAGAGUCAGAUAAAGAAAAAGGUGAAAGAGGACAGAAAGAGAUAGAAUUUGGAACCAGCUUAGAUGAAGAGAUCAUUUUAAAGGCCCCAAUUGCAGCUCCUGAGCCCGAGCUCAAAACAGAUCCGUCCUUGGAUCUUCAUUCCUUAAGCAGUGCAGAAACACAGCCAGCUCAAGAAGAACACAGAGAAGAUCUAGAUUUUGAAACUAAGGAAGAAGGAAUUGAGGAGUACUCCAAAACAGAAGUAAAAGAAGAUCUUGAAUCAAAAGCAGAAAGAGAUUUAAAGGCUUCCCAGAAAUCUGUCAGAAGACACAGAAACAUGCACUGCAAGGUCUCAUUGCUGGAUGAUACAGUUUAUGAAUGUGUUGUGGAGAAACAUGCCAAGGGACAAGACUUGCUUAAACGAGUAUGUGAGCACCUCAAUCUUUUGGAAGAAGACUACUUUGGCCUAGCCAUUUGGGAUAACACAACUUCUAAGACCUGGCUGGAUUCUGCCAAAGAAAUAAAAAAGCAGGCUCGAGGCAUCCCUUGGAAUUUCACAUUUAAUGUGAAGUUUUAUCCACCAGAUCCAGCACAGUUAACAGAAGACAUAACAAGAUACUAUUUAUGUCUUCAGCUUCGGCAGGACAUCGUUGCAGGACGACUGCCCUGUUCCUUUGCAACCUUGGCAUUACUAGGUUCUUACACCAUCCAGUCUGAGCUGGGAGACUAUGACCCAGAGCUCCAUGGCAUGGAUUACGUUAGCGAUUUUAAACUGGCCCCAAAUCAAACCAAGGAACUUGAAGAAAAGGUCAUGGAACUGCAUAAAUCAUACAGGUCCAUGACUCCAGCUCAGGCUGACUUGGAAUUUCUGGAGAAUGCCAAAAAGUUGUCUAUGUAUGGAGUUGACCUUCAUAAAGCAAAGGACUUGGAAGGAGUGGAUAUCAUCCUAGGUGUCUGCUCUAGCGGCCUUUUGGUUUACAAAGAUAAGUUGAGAAUUAACCGUUUUCCUUGGCCUAAAGUACUGAAGAUCUCUUAUAAACGUAGCAGCUUUUUCAUCAAGAUCCGGCCUGGAGAGCAAGAACAGUAUGAAAGUACCAUUGGAUUCAAACUUCCCAGUUACCGAGCAGCUAAGAAAUUAUGGAAAGUCUGUGUAGAGCAUCACACGUUUUUCAGACUAACUUCUACAGAUACCAUUCCCAAAAGCAAAUUUCUUGCUUUGGGAUCCAAAUUUCGAUACAGUGGCCGGACUCAAGCUCAGACCAGGCAAGCUAGUGCUCUAAUUGAUAGGCCUGCUCCACACUUUGAACGUACAGCAAGCAAACGGGCAUCCCGGAGCCUUGAUGGAGCAGCAGCUCAUGAUUCAGCAGACCGAAGUCCUCGGCCCACCUCUGCCCCAGCCAUAGCUCAGAGUGAAGUUGCAGAAGGUGGCGUCCCAGGGGCACCUGUCAGAAAAACACAGAAGGAAGCAGCAAAGGUUGAUGUUAAAAAGGAAGAGGAGCCCCCUGAGCAAGCUGAACUAGAGCCCACAGAAUCGUGGAAGAAAAAGAGAGAGAGACUAGAUGGUGAAAACAUUUAUAUCAGACAUAGCAAUUUAAUGUUGGAGGACUUAGACAAAAGUCAAGAAGAGAUCAAAAAACAUCAUGCUAGCAUCAGUGAGCUGAAAAAGAACUUCAUGGAGUCUGUGCCAGAACCUCGGCCUAGUGAAUGGGAUAAGCGCCUGUCUACUCACUCCCCCUUUCGAGCUCUUAACAUCAAUGGACAGAUCCCCACAGGAGAAGGACAUUGUUGUUGCAUUGCAAGGCAACUGAAUUUUGCACAAUUUGUGUAUGACCAGGUGAAGAAAACCUCUAUCCUCCCCUCGGAAAGAAAGGUUGGUGGGCCAGAGAGUAUAAAUGGCAUUCGCACAGAGGAGGUGGCUGUCAUGACAAAAGGGCCUGCUAACCUUGACUCUGAAUGGGAGGGCCCUGAGGACUCAGUAGUUCCUAGUCACAGGCAGAUGACCAUCCCAUCGGAGUCUCCACAGAGCUUUGAUUUUGGCCUCCUCUCCAUAAGCAACAAAGAGACAGAAGAGAAGGAGCAGGGGGCAGCUGGCUGUAUUGAAAUUAAGGAAAUGCCAAGAGUCCCGAGUGGGGAGUGUGCAGGAGUGGAGGAGGCCAGUACCUUAAAGUUCUCAGUAUCACCAGCUUCCUGUCAGCUGCAGCUUGGUGAAAAGAGGGCAGACAGUGGUGAAGAACCUGUUACAGCAGGAGAGCCACUUGGAAAACAAAAUGGAUCAUUUCUUGACUCUCAUGUGGGUAACCAGUUCCCCACCUUCAUUCGCAGUUUCCAGCCCCCACUGGUGAAGACACAGACUGUCACCAUCUCAGACACUGCCAGUGCUGUGAAAAGUGAGAUCCCCACCAAAGACGUCCCCAUUGUCCACACUGAGACCAAGACCAUCACAUAUGAGGCUGCCCAGACCGAUGACAGCAAUGGGGACUUGGACCCAGGAGUCUUGCUGACAGCCCAGACCAUCACAUCUGAGACCACAAGCAGCACCACCACCACUCAGAUAACCAAGACUGUAAAAGGUGGGAUUUCAGAGACCCGGAUUGAAAAGAGAAUUGUGAUUACAGGAGAUGCUGAUAUUGACCAUGAUAAGGUCCUCGUACAAGCCAUCAAGGAGGCAAAGGAGCAGCACCCAGACAUGUCAGUGACCAAGGUGGUCGUCCAUCAGGAAACUGAGAUCUCUGAGGAAUGAGCUCAGGAACUGUCCUAACCCCAACUCCCUGCCCUUCUCCCACCCAAGAGAAACCAGCAAAAUGAUUGGGGAGCCAGCCUGCAAUAGUCAGACUUUAGACUUGCAAGUUAUCCUAAACCACCAGAAAAUUAAUUUCUUUUUCUAUUUGGAAUUUAUAACAAGAGAAUCUUCUAGAUGCCACUCAUCCUUUUGAAGAUCUUUUUCUAUAUUGUGAUACCAGAAGUUGUUCAACUUUUCACUCUGUGGACUGUUUUUAGAAUUCUUGGCUUUUUUAUGGGGUGGUUUGUAACCCCUGCAACAACCCUCUCCCUACCUAUUUCCAACCCAGUUACGGACAGGAUCCACAGAAUUCCACAAGAUCCUCCCGAGACUCUGUCCCCUGGGUUGGAAGCCAAAGCCAGCGCCAUGGGACAUCCCGCUCCUCCCCUACCCGUAUACCCUUGGAUGAACAGCAGAAACUUCAUGACCCAGAUUUCUGAGAACCAAUGAUGUGACUUUGCCAGAAUGCCAGGCAGGGUGACUGCCCUGAUCCACAGCUUUCAGAAAAAUGUCCCAUCCCUUCAUCAGGCUGUUUUUGGUGACGCGGAGACCUCUCCUGAGAAUGUAGUAUUGCUUUACCCCCUUCCCCACCUGCUCUUUCAGUUUUGGAGCUUCUUUAGGUCAGACAGAAGUUGCUUCAGAUGCAUCUGAUACUGUGAAUGUUUGAACAUAUCUGUGGCCUUUAUGUCCCCCUUUUCCUUGUACCUCAUCAGAAACAGUGACUCUGCCAAGCUCCCCCAAGCUCCCAUCUCAGGAGACCAGAACUCAUGGAAAAAUAAGCACUUUUGGCCAGAAGUUCUAAUGGAACAUUUUAAUGGUGGUUUGGGGAAGGAAAGUUAGUAAGAUUUUAAAUAUAAAGUCUUCUGGUUCUGGGAGGGUGUACUUCACAGAAGGGAAUGUAGCGUUUACCUCAGUCGGUCCUGCUAAGGAGUAUGCCAGGUGGUCAUGCCUCUUUCUCUUCUGGUGUGGUAAUGGAUGAGCGGGCCGGGGAGAUGGCUCAGUAGAAUAAGUGUUUGCCUGGCAAGUGCAAGGGCCUGAGUUCAAUCCCCAGUUACGGGGGGGGACGGGGGGGGGACUGGGUGAGAGACCAUAUUCUCUGACCUUUCUC